AUGACUCUCUGGCGGACCGUCACAAGCGCAGGUUCGCCUAGCUUGCUAGCGAUUGAAACUAUCAGUGACUCUGCGUACUUCUCUCUCGACGUCACUGAAGGGAGCGAGGGGAAUAAAUCUGUCGCAUGGGCCUGGAUCAAAGUUGUUGACAAGCAAAUCACCCAGCUAGAGCUAUACGCGAACCGCUCCCGCGGCGAUCACGGCUUCCCUUUCUCCGCCGUGGAGCUGCCUAGGAACUAUGAGCGCUGGAUGUCGCCACCAGCCGAUCGUGAUAAUGCGACUCGCGCAGUGUUAGAAAGCCUCGGCGCAGCAACCUUCAAUCCAAAUGACACGAUCUCGGUUACCGUCGCCGACGAUUGCCAAUUUACCGAAGAAGGUUGGAGCGUCAUUGUUCCUGGCCCGGAUGGAGAUGGGUCGACUACUCCGCUGGGAUGUAGCUGGAGACAGCAUCGAUCUGCUGAUGCGGAUGCACGGCUCAACCUGGUCAUUGAUGAGCAAUACGGUAUCGUUGUUACUGGCGCCAUCAUCCCAGGCAAGAUCUGCCCAUAUGGGGAGAUUUCUGCCUUCAUACCCAACGAUAUGAAAGAGGCCCAGGCGCAGCAGGACGAGUGGUUGGCAAAAAGCAAGCUCCAGGCAACACGUCGCUGCUGGCUUCUACCGCAGCCACGGGUGAGACUCUCCAAGUCUUUCAAUGUUACAACGGCAAGCUACAAGGCCAGCAGGUUAUGCUCUAUCUGA